AUGAAUCUAAGUGACCUUCUCUACCCAAAUAAUCCAAAGAGGCGCCAGGAUGUAAUUGCCCUGCACCAGGAACUGCUUGACUGCAUGCAACUUAAUUUUAAGGCUACCAAUGAACUGAUUGGAACACUGAAUACACAUCUGGGGACCAGGAUCACUCAUAUUAAAAUAAAAGAGAAUGGUACUGUCAGAGAGAAUUGUGACAUAAUCAUCCGAGCCAUGAAAGAGAUUCAGCAAGAGGUAUGGAAGUUUGACAAACAAAUGGAGGAAAAGCUAGAGCCAGUACUGUACCACAAGCUCUAUGAUAUCAAACAGCCCGAACUGGAGAAAAUUGCCAUAGCUAACAGAAUUCUCUCUCUUAUCCUUGGAGAGGCCACUGCUACUGCGAGUAUAGUCGCUGUGAAAUUAAUAUGCUCAAAUAUUGUAACUGUUACUGUUAGCAAGCUUGUUGCUUUGCUUGCUCACAUUGGGGUAUCUGUCCUUGGAGGUAUUGGCAUUAGCAUUCUUGGGCUGGGUUUUGACACAAUCCUUCAUGCUAUCCUGGGAGCAGUGGAAAGGCAUAACCUGCUGGUAUCUAUUCAAAGCUAUGAGCAACAUCUGGCUGAAUUUAAAGACGCCUCGGAGACAUAUCAGUGUGCCAUCACUGAAGUAAGUGCACUGGUAAAAGGCAAAGGUCAAUGAAUGGCCUUUCCUGCCUAUCAUUGACUACAUCAAGCAUAUGUGGAUAUGAUAGACAGAACUGUUGUUUUAAAAUAUGGUUAGUACAUUUCUGUAAUUAGUCCUAAAGAAAUGUAGACUUAAAUCACCGGUUCAAGAGAAAACCCACUGCCAAUGGUCUCUAAAAAGCAUUUGCUUUUGGUAUCUGCUGGUCUAUGAAAUGAGCCAGCGUUCUUAGGGCCUUUCCAGAUUACUUAAAGUGUGGGCUUUUUAAAGCUAUCACACAUGUUUCUAAUGGUGUUUUCACUCAUGGUCCAGACUCUUUGGCAGAAGGCCAUGGGCUCCCUUGAAGUGCAAUUUGGCUCUGUAGCUACACACAAAGCAUGGAGCCUGUGGGAUCUUUGAACUGAAGUGCCAUCUGCUGGCCAGAGUUUGCAAAUCCAUCUCUUUUCAUUAUUAAAGGGCAAAGUGUGCGUCCUCAAGUUGAUUUUGACUCCCGGCGCCCACAGAGCCCCGUGGUUUUCUUUUGGUAGAAUACAGGAGGGGUUUACCACUGCCUCCUCCGGCACAGAAUAAGAACUUUAAUAAUGAAGCA